GAAAUCAGAGGGUGUUAAGUGAAAAUUUUCGGGUUUCUUGCGAUCUCCGAGCUGUGUUGCUGUCGCCGUCGACGAAAACCACCGGCUCCUGACCUCCUCGUCGUCGUAGUCCCGAUGGCCGCGGAGGUGGAUCAGAAAGUGGUGGUGCACGUGCGGUCGACGGGCGAUGCCCCGAUACUGAAGCAAUCCAAAUUCAAGAUUUCGGGACGAGAUAAAUUUUUGAAGGUCGUUGAGUUUCUUCGCCGACAACUUCAUCAGGACACACUGUUUGUCUAUAUCAACAGUGCAUUUUCGCCAAACCCAGACGAACUGGUAAUUGACUUGUAUAACAACUUUGGAAUUGAUGGGAAACUGGUGGUAAAUUAUGCUUUAUCAGCGGCAUGGGGCUAAAGUUGCUGCUGCACAGCAAAGAGUUAAAAUGGAUAAAAGAGACCAUGAAAAUUCUGCAUGGCGAUUGUAAAUCACAUUUAGUGCUAAAGAGACGCUGUAAAUAUCUUUUUGUAUUUCACCACCACCCAAAUGUAUUUCUCCUGUAAACCAUUCCUCCCGUACUGUUCAUCACGUGCUACACCACAGCCCGUGCUCGUGCAUUUGGCUUUCUGGAUUGUGUAAUGCACCAGCGCAGGUGGUUGAUUGAAAGGACUGUUUUACCGAUUUCAUUA